CUCAUCUUUGUUCCUCAUUUAGUUAGAGUUUCAAUUCAACUAUGGAACCAAAUUUUGAUUUGGUGUUCGCUCCUGCGAUUCCCACUGAUGUUCAUGGAGUCAAGAUCUUGAGACAACCUUCGGAUACCAAGCUUGUUGAACUCGGGGUUGCCUCUUGGCCUAUCAGAUGGGAAAGCAUUCCACGUAAAUUUCCGUGGAAGUUUAAGAAGACAGAGACGAUGUACUUCUUGGAAGGGAAGGUGAAAGUGACUAUAGUCGAGCAGCACAAAGAAGAAGUAGCCUUAGAGUUAAUCGCAGGAGAUUUGGUUGUGAUUCCUAAAGGCAUGACAGUUAUUGUGGAUGUAACUGAAGCUGUGAAGAAACAUUAUUAUAGAGAUUUAGAGAUUGUGAAAUCACCUUCAAAAUCAUAGUAUAAAGGAUUUGAAAUCAUGUUUUUUCCAUUUACUUCGUAACUAAGACUUAUAAGACCUAUAUAAGUAUGUUUGGAUCGAUUAUUUUUUUGUAUACAUAUGUUCCAUAAAGUUAAACAUUGAGUAAGAGAUUUG